AUGCACAGACCCCAGUCAGCCAUCUUGCAAUCUGGACUGGAACAGGCACUCUCGCAGGCCCUAGUUCAGCUGCAGCAUGAUAGAAAUGAGUCCGUUCAGACCCCCGAGCGAUCUUUCCAAGGUGCAUCCAGAGGACAUGGGCCACAGGAAGCCAUUUCAAUGGGGUCACACUUCAUUGACAGACACCGGGCAGAGCUGAUCCAGAGGACUUCCACGGUCGAGGCGGUUCUGGAUCUACUUCUUGGAAGAAUCUUGAAUGAUGAGCAGUACGAGAGAAUCGCUUCGCGGGAGACCAACGCCGAUAAAAUGCGAGAGCUGUACAGGCUGGUGCCCAGCUGGGACAACUCUUGCAAGGAUCAGCUAUACGAGGCGUUGAAAGCCAAGAACAGGUUCCUCAUUCGGGAUCUUGAAGGGAGAUGAGGCCGCAAAGGAGGAGGAGCAGCUCCAUUCCCAAGGCACGGAAAAAUCAAAUCACAUGGGAAUCAUGCAGAGCCAUUCCCAAACACCUACAUUACUACCCCCAUUUGAAAGUCCUGCAAAGAUGUCCCUUUUCAGAUGCAGGGAAGGAAACACAGGCAGUUUUGUGGGAGCAACCCAGUGAGAGUAGAAACAAAUGGAGUAAAAAGAUUCCACUGUGUGGAACACCCUCUUUUAUUAAUCCACCUCCUCUAAUUCAUUUCUUGGGGUCCAGCAACCUUCUCCAGGAAAUAAUUCUUGCCCUCUGUUUGGGGAAAGAAGUUCUGACCCUGAGGCCAUGGUGCUGUUAUUGUUGUUUUAAACCAGGGAUCUUCAAACUAUGGCCCUCCAGAUGUUCAGAGACUACAAUUCCCAUGAGCCCUACCACUUGGCCAUG